CCCUCCCUCUCUCUCUCUCUCUCUCUCUCUCUCUCUCUCUCUCUCUCUCUCUCACACACACACACACACAAGAAAAAAAAAUCACUUCCGGGAAGUUAAAGCCACACUUUCUCUGCUAUUCUCGCUGCAACAUGGAAGCUGCCAGCAGAAUGGCUGAGCCGGUUUCUGGGGAGCUGGUAUCGGUGGCCCAUGCUCUUUCUCUUCCAGCAGAGUCCUACGGCAACAAUCCUGAUAUUGAGAUGGCUUGGGCUGUACGAGCAAUGCAGCAUGCUGAAGUCUAUUACAAACUUAUUUCAUCAGUUGAUCCACAGUUUCUGAAACUCACCAGAGUAGAUGACCAAAUUUACUCUGAGUUCCGGGAGAAUUUUGGGAACCUCAAGGUAGAUGUAUUGGACCCGGAAGAACUCAAAUCUGAAUCAGCUAAAGAGAAGUGGAGGCCAUUCUGUUUGAAGUUUGAAGGGGUUGUAGAAGACUUCAACUAUGGUACUUUGCUACGACUGGAUUGUUCCCAGGGCUACACUGAGGAAAACACUAUCUUUGCCCCCAGGAUUCAAUUUUUAGCAAUUGAAAUAGCCCGGAACCGUGAAGGGUACAACAAAGCAGUUUCUGCCAAUGUUCAGGACAAAGAAGGAGCGAACGAAGCUGUGAGUGGAGAAGAGAAAGAUGAAAAUGUUGUUGACAGUGGAGAAAAAGAGGAAGAAGUCAACAGUGAGGGAGAAAAAUAGAAAACUAUCCAAGGUGGAGAAAAGAGAAGUCAAGAAAGACAUCAAGUGGAGUAUCUGAGAAAGGCAGACAGGGAGCAGCACUCCAGGCACAUGAGUCAGCUGAGCCCAUAAGUGUCACUGUGCUAUCUGUAGAGACCUCUUUGGUUAAAUGUCCUUGUGUUAUCUGAGGAUCCAGAAGGAUCUUUCUAGCCAAAUAAUCAUGAGCUUUCCUGGGUAUUCCUCUGUCUAAAUUGUUAGUGGAGUCUGAAUUCUUUCUUGAUUUGUGGAUCCUUGGUUUUGGUUUCUGAUUUAAGUAAGAAAUUUUAUAAAUAAAUUACAUUUUGUUUAUAGGGUUAUUUCUGUAACUGACUUUAAGAAGUAUUUAAAGCUAUUCAAAUAUUUUUGGGUCCAUAAUCUCAUCACUAUCUCUUAUGGAAAACCAUUUGUGUCUGCCUGUUAAUUUUUCUCACUGUUCUCUAUAAUGAAGUUCUCCUAACCUGUUAAAUUGUACCUUCCUGGUUUUGGGAUUAAAAGUCCUUAUAUAACUGA